AACUUCAACUCCUCUCCAUUUUUUAAUCCUUUCUACCACAAAGCUCAUAAGCCAAGACCCAACAACACAAAUUUCCUUAUUUUUUCCUCAACUUUUUAGUCUCUCUUUCCUUUUCUUUUUCUCCAUUCCCCCAAUUACAAAUUGUUCCUCAAAUCUCCUAGUAUUUUCAUACAUCUUCUUGAGUUCUAAUACAACUCAUUUUUCUUGGUUCUUGAAGUGAGAAAAAGAGAGUAAAAAAAAGAGAGGAUUUUGGGAGUAUUAGUGAUGGUGACAAAGUUCAUUUUUUUCAUUUUAUUGUUUGUAUUCUUGUUUUUCUCUAAUUGUGUGGCUUCUGAAGGAUUUUAUAGUUUAAGAAAUGUGAAUUCUAGUGCUUCUGGCAUUGAAUUCCCUGAACAUCCAAGUUUCAAUGGUGUUUCUUCUUCUUCAAACUCAGAUUGCAACUAUGGUAUUUCUGAAAACUCAAAAACACAUUCAAUAGCUCAAGAACUAGAUGGGAUUGAUGGAGAAAAAGAUGAAGAUGUUUCCAUAGUUGGAAAUCAAGAAAGGGAAGCUGUUAAGUUUCAGUUAAGGCACAGAUCAGCUGGUAAAAAAAUUGAGGCUAAAGACUCAGUUUUUGGAGAUUUGAGUAGGAUUCAAACAUUGCAUACAAGGAUUAUAGAGAAGAAAAACCAAAACACCAUUUCAAGACUUGCAAAAAGUACUGAAAAACAUGUUGCUCCAGCUCCUGCUCAGGCUCCAAGUUCAUCAUCGUAUGAACUUUCAGGCAAGUUAAUGGCAACAUUGGAAUCAGGUGUAAGUCUUGGUUCAGGAGAGUAUUUCAUGGAUGUAUUUAUUGGUACACCUCCUAAGCAUUUCUCUUUGAUUCUUGAUACUGGUAGUGAUCUUAAUUGGAUUCAAUGUGUUCCUUGUUAUGAUUGUUUUGAACAAAAUGGACCCCAUUAUGAUCCUAAAGACUCUAGUUCUUUUAAGAAUAUAGGUUGUCAUGAUCCAAAGUGUCAACUUGUUACAUCUCCUAAUCCUCCACAACCUUGUAAGAAUGAAAACCAAACAUGCCCUUAUUACUAUUGGUAUGGUGAUAGCUCUAACACGACCGGUGAUUUCGCGUUAGAAACGUUUACUGUUAACCUAACGACCCCGAGUGGGAGUGAAUUUAGGAAGGUGGAAAAUGUGAUGUUUGGUUGUGGUCAUUGGAAUAGAGGGUUGUUUCAUGGUGCUGCUGGUUUGUUAGGUCUUGGAAGAGGGCCACUUUCAUUUGCUUCUCAACUUCAAUCUUUAUAUGGUCAUUCUUUUUCAUAUUGCCUUGUGGAUAGGAAUAGCAAUUCUAGUGUAAGUAGUAAGUUGAUUUUUGGCGAAGAUAAGGAUCUUUUGAAACACCCAGAGUUGAAUUUUACUUCAUUGGUUGGUGGUAGCAAAGAAAAUCCUGUGGAAACUUUCUACUAUGUACAGAUAAAAUCUGUUAUAGUUGGAGGAGAGGUACUGAAUAUACCAAAAGAGACAUGGGAUUUGUCUCCGGAAGGUGUUGGUGGUACGAUCAUCGAUUCAGGAACCACGUUGAGUUACUUCGCAGAACCGGCGUAUGAGAUUAUAAAGGAGGCAUUUGUCAAUAAAGUCAAGGGAUAUACUGUUGUACAAGAUUUUCCUAUUUUGAAUCCUUGUUACAAUGUGUCCGGAGUGAAGAACGUGGAAUUGCCUUCGUUUGGAAUUGUGUUUGAUGAUGGAGCUGUAUGGAAUUUCCCUGUAGAGAACUACUUCAUCAAACUCGAACCAGAGGAUAUCGUUUGUUUGGCAAUUUUAGGGACUCCUCGAUCUGCUAUGUCAAUAAUUGGAAACUAUCAACAGCAGAAUUUUCAUGUCUUAUAUGACACCAAGAGGUCCAGAUUGGGAUAUGCACCAACAAGAUGUGCUGAUGCUUGACCUUUUCUCUAGUAUUAUUGGGGUGGAAGGUGGGAAAAUUUGUACACAUUAGCGGGAUGGAAAAAAAUUGUGUUCAUUCUUUCCUGAAUUUUAAAAUAGUUCACAUAAAUUGUAGGUUAUACUAUAUUUUUUCCCUUAAUUUUUUUAUUUACUGUAGAUGAUUUUAUGUUGCUUGACACAAGCAGGCAACUGUGUAACAAAACUCUUAUGAGAGCUUUUCUCACAUUAUGAAAGUCUGAAUCCUUGCUUUUGAAGUUCAA